AUGACAAACCGGAGAAGUAGCUUUACCGCUACCCUCGUGUCAGAUAUCCAAGCAAAUCGGUCGGGUAUAUUCACGUUACCAGCAAGCGACGUUAAAUCAUUUAACCGUCUGUUAAACGACCUGAGCAAACAUAUCAACAGCAAUCGACAACAACAAAUGGUCGUAUAUAUUCCACGAUCGAUUCAAGGUAUACUUGAAACAGACAAAACGGCUUUUGUCAAACGAAUCGAACUCGAAAUCAUCGAAACUGAAAUCAAAGAAACAUUGACAAGCAAGAAGUUUGAAUUUCAAUCGGUCAUGCGGCUGUUGAACAAAGAAAAAACACCGUUGAAAACGGCCAAAAUAAUAUUCAAUGACGCACACAAUCGUAACACGCUCGUUCAGAUUGGACUACAAAUCGAUGCAAUGCAUUUCAUCGCUGAAAACGCCAAUCAGAAUAACAAUCCACCAUAA